UUUCUGUCAAGACCCAACUUGACUUGGUAGAGAGAUCAGGCGCUUGUUACAGGGCGCCAGGGCUUCAUGCCAGGGGUCGUCAUUUCGGCCACCUUUGCGAUCUCUUUGCCUGACGUUGGGUCUCAACCAUCAAUCUGCUUGCUGCAUGUGGAAGACCUUCUUGGAGCAGCCCGGCGGCCUUCUGGCCCUAGCUAUGCCGACGUUGCGUCCCUAUUGAAGGUCUAAAGAAACUGUGUUUCACCCAGAAGACUAGAGAGAAGAUUGCCUGUGUAUGUGCUCCCUAGUGGGUGCUGCCAGGAGUUCCCUUCUCUCUGUCUACGCUGGGAACCCCCGCCCGAACCCAUCCCUGCAGCCAUGCUACGUUUCGGCAGCCAUGAUAAUGGUUGCCCUAACUAGCAUGACGGGGCUCUGAACCGAGGCGUAUGCUAGUCCCGGUGCUCCAGCUGAUGAGCCCGGCGUGCAAGACGGUACACGACAUUCCUUUCAUUUCUGUGAAUUGUACAAAGCGGGAGCUUGCUCCAUGCAAGAGCUAUACCUGGCGAAUUUUCCUUCUCUUCAAUCACCAAGGAAACUCCUAGACUCUGUCCUGAUAAGAAGUUCCUGAGUGCGACUCGUCAUCCUAAGGAGUUGUGCUUCAGCAGGAUAUCAACGAAGCAGGAAUGGAGGAAGAGCUGGACACACAACCUUUUGAGCCAGUUCCUGAUGACAACUACGAGGAAGACUUUGAGGACUACGAGGAUGAUGGCUUUGAGAGUGAUGAGCCCGAGGAUGAAGGUUGGGAAGCCAAAGGACCCCCCCAGGCUGAGACCACCACCCCCCCAGCCCCAACUCAUGUUUCCCCACCCCCUCCCCCGACCUAUGCCCAAAUCACAGCCGGCAAGCGCAUCGUCGAGUCCCUUCUCAAGGCGAAGUCCCAAACCCUGAACCCAGCCCUGACAAUUGCGGCUUCCGCCAGAGCCAGGCGAUGGGCUCUGAUUCGUCCAAAGUUGACGGAGGUCGUUAUGGCGCCCAUACUAGAUAUGCCCCCCCGGACGUUGUCCGAGCUGCUCGCCUCUGGUCAGGGGGCGGCCGCGCGACUGGCGGUCAAAGGCGUCCAGACCCCACUAGAAGAUGAGAUACGCACGGUGGAUGUGCAGACAGAGGAGGUGGGAACGUUCGAAAGUGCGGCGCAGUACAAUGUGCGAGAUCUGGUUACAAAACGGGUUGAGGGGGCGGUUAAGGGGCAAAACGGUCGGCUGGCUGGAUUGCUCGAGCGAGCGCUCCAGGCGUUGGACCAAGGGCGGUUAGGAAAAACCGGGUUAGUGGACCGGGUGGUUAGCCUGAUGAACCACCCCCGGGUUCAGAAGUACCGGGCAGUGCAGGAGAUUCUGAGCUUUGUAAAGAGCGCAGUAAGGGGGGAAGGAGCGGUGGCAAACAAGGGGGGGGGGGACGAGGAGAAGCAGCUGGCAGACCUCUUGGAAGAGGCGCUGGAGGGGGGGAACACAGCCAGGGGGGACUCCACCGCCGACGCUCCGGAUGCUGCCACCAGCUCGCUGUACCAUGAAGAGCUCCUCCGUGGGCGUCCGGUGGUCGCCGUCUUGUUUUGUCCAACGUCCGAAACCCAAACCCAAACCCAGCCCCAAACCCAACCCCAAACCCAUCCUCCCCUCCUCCUCUGCUGCUACGCUCCCUCCAAAGAAGCGAGCGUCGCGCCCCGUCUCGGCUGCCUAUGCGUUUGGGACCCUUCCAAACCGUCCCGGCCUCAGAAGGUCCUGGUGUGCGAAGGCACCCCCUCUAGUUGUUGCUGGGCGCCUGCCAAAUCCGCCCCUGCCGAAGAAUUCGGAAGAAAUUCCGGCUCGAGCCGUCUGGUUGUCGUGGGCACCGGGUCUGGCAGCCUCGCCCUGUGGGAUUUGAGCGAACCAGCGGGCCAGCACCAGGGCGUAACGCUCAGUCAGGGCGAAAGCCUGACGUUACGGCGGCCGUCGUACAUGACCGACUGGCGGCCGGAGGUUAACCACGGCGCCCGGGUUUGCGCGGUCAAGCUGCAACCGUCUCCCAGUAGCGACGACAGAGCUGCUAAAACGGGUCAUCGAAACGGGUUAGAGAGUGGGUUGGGAGCUGGGUUAGAGAGCACAAGCGGGCCGCUCGCACAGGUCCUCAGCUUGGACGUAACGGGUUGGUUAAACGUCUGGUCAGCGGUACCCGUAACCGAGUUGGAUGCUGCUGUUAUCGACACCGAUUUUGGGCUGCGCCUCGGAAGCAAAGUCCGCCUUUUGAGAGUUGCCGCAGUCGACUGCUUCUCCGCGACGCCCCCCGGCCGAGAAUUGGGUUUUGAAACGGUCAGGCAAACCGCCGUCGGGUUUGCGGCGGUGCCGGGGGAUCCCUCUCAGUUGCUCGUGGCCACCGACGGGGGUUCCGUCAUCCGUGCUUCGCGCUUCGGGCUGCCCCCUAGCAGCCUGCCGCACCCGCACAGAUUCGCGCGUGGGGAUGAUGACGUUAGCGGGCGGUCGCCGACCUCCGUGCUGACGUCAGCUGCGCGGAAGCAGGCUGGCGUCACGUGCCUUCAAGCUGAGGGGGAGGCCUUGUUGGUCGGACACUCGGACGGUGUGAUCGCUUUGUACAAUCUGCAGUCCAAGUGGCCGGUUAGGCAAUGGAGGGGGAUCAUCCGCGGAAGGCUUUGGGGUUUGAAGUGGUGUCCCGGUCAGCCGUCCUUAUUUGUCGCGCUCGACAGCAAGUCCGUUUUGUACUUCUUCGACGUGUCAAGAGAUGAAUUGAAGCCGUUAAGGACGUUAGAGAUAGGUUCCCGGGAAAAGGAGUGGACGGGAGAGGCAAGAGUCGGGUGCUUUGACCUGCGCGCUUUGGAUGCCGGAUGGAUGCUAGCCGUUCCGCAGGACACUGGUGUCACUGUCAGGCGAAUCGACAGAUUGUGACUCAACAUUGAUCGAUCUAACAAGAAAUUAUGAAUACAUUGCAGCGCGCGCGACGAUGGAGUGCGACCUCAGAUUACGUGUAAAUGAUUGAGCAGCGCGAGU